CCACAAUUUGAUCAAAAUAACAUGACGUUCAAUUAUGAACAAACAACAAUAGUUAAAGUUUUGCAAGGCACAUUACAAGGGGGUAUAGCAAGAACAGAUAAUGGUGUUGAAUACUUGGAAUUCCUUGAUGUACCGUACGCUAAACCACCUAUUGGUGAAUUGAGAUUUAAAAAUCCUGAGCCGCCACAACCUUGGGACGGAGUAAGAGAUGCAACUAAAAUAGAUUUGAAUCACAUAUCGUGUCAGUACUACAAAAUCGUACGAGGUUCUGAAGAUUGCCUGUACCUUAACGUGUACGUUCCAAAGCUACCUCCAAAACAAUGUACUUUAUUGCCUGUUAUGGUGCACAUACAUGGAGGAGGAUUUCUUGAUGGCAAUGGUACCAACAAAAAUGAUUUAGGACAAGACUAUUUCAUAGAAAAAAAUGUUGUGGUAGUAUCAAUGAAUUAUAGACUGGGCUUACUCGGUUUUCUGUGUUUAGAUAUUCCCGAAGUUCCUGGAAAUAUGGGAUUAAAGGACCAAAUUCUAGCACUGAAAUGGGUACAAAAUAAUAUAGAAUCAUUUGGCGGAGACAAAAACAACGUAACCCUUUAUGGAGUAAGCGCUGGAGCAGCAUUUAUUGAUUAUUUAUUACUGGCUCCAACAGCACAAAAUCUAUUUCAUAAAGCAAUUCUCCAAUCGGGCAGUAGCCUAAACCACUGGAGUUUCAACCAUAAUAUGAAAGAUCUCUUGAAAGAACUUCUUCUCGACCUAAAUUUUUCUGAGAGUUUUGAUGAUAAAUAUGCUAUUUAUAAGUAUUUACGAAAUGUACCAUUCGAGAUAUUAACAAAGAAAACGAAGAAGACGGUAAAAGCUUUUAAUACAACGAGGCUCUAUUUUGGUUUUGUGCCGACAGUUGAAAAGGAUUUUGGUGAUGGACAGGCAAUAAUAACUAAAAAACCAUACAAAUUGUUUAAAGAAGGCAAAUAUCACAAAAUACCCGUUAUAAAAGGAUUUUGUGAUAGGGAAGGAUACUUGACUUUAGGUUGCAAAGUAAACACAAUCAAUAUUUUAGAGCCUAAAACAUUUUUUGACCUAUGGCCUUAUAAAAUUGAAGACAAAGACAUUAUUAAACAUAGUGCAACAUUUAGUACCAUGUACUUAGAAACCGUGAAGACUGAGAGCGAUGAUAAAUACGCUGUCGAAUUUUUCAGUGACUUUGAUGUUGUAUCAGGUGUCUGGUUGCAUGGGAAUAUCUUGGCAAAACACAACGUUCCCGUAUACAUGUAUGAAUUUUCAUAUGAUGGCAAUUUAAACUUUGUAAAGUUAUUACAUAAGAUCGAAAGAGAGGGAGCAGCUCAUGCUGAUGACAUGGGAUACAUGUUUAAAUUUCCUUGUUCACAGCAAGCGACUGAAGAAGACAUCGAAAUGAGAAACACUUUAACAACCCUCUGGACAAAUUUCGCAAAAACUGGGAACCCCACGCCAAACGACGAUCUCUCUAUUCAAUGGCCUAAAUUUACACCGGAUUCACAAAUGUACCUCAACAUCAAUACGAGUCUCACCAUAAAAUCAAACUAUGAACCAAAGAGAAUGGCUGUUUUCAAAAAAAUAUACGACAAAUACAAGAAAUGA